GCGCUGAGUCGCGCGUAUCUUGUCAGCUACUUUGUAGCCGGCGGAGCAGCGGGUGCGGCGAGCAGGACUGUCGUUAGUCCGCUCGAGAGGCUAAAAAUUAUCAUGCAAAUCCAACCUCAUGAAAAACCAUCAUCAGCAGGCGGUGGUAGCGCGGCAAUACCAUCGAAAGCAGCCCGCGCGAGUGGCGGAAGCAAAGGCGCAUAUGCGGGCGUGUGGAGCGGCCUCGUCAAGAUGUGGCGGGAGGAAGGCAUGGCCGGCUUCAUGCGUGGGAACGGCAUCAACUGCUUGCGCAUCGCGCCGUACUCGGCCGUGCAGUUUAGCAGCUACGAGGUGCUAAAAAACUUGUUCCUGCGCUCACAUUACCUCGCCGUCUGGGAGCGGCUGACGGCGGGUGCGCUGGCGGGUAUCGCGAGCGUCGUGUCCACUUACCCGCUCGACCUCGUGCGCAGUCGCAUCUCCAUCGCCAGCGCGAGUCUGUACUCGGAAGCAAAGGCGGCGGAGCAGGGACGGCUCAGCGCCGCGACCGGGGCCUCAAGCACGAGCGCGAGCACGCUUAAGCUCAGGGCGAAGCAGAAGCGCGUGCCCGGUAUCUGGGCCAUGACUCUCAAGGUGUAUCGCGAGGAAGGAGGCGUACGUGGGCUCUACCGUGGCUGUGUGCCUACGAGUGCAGGCGUCGCACCGUACGUGUCGCUCAACUUUAUCGGCUACGAAACGCUACGGGAACGGUUCGAAGACGAUGAAGGCAGGAUCUCGGACUUGUCAAAGCUCGGCUGCGGCGCCGCGGCCGGCUCGGUCAGCCAGACGCUUACGUACCCGCUCGACGUGCUGCGACGCAGAUUGCAAGUCGCCGGUAUGAGGGACAGCCAGUUGGGUUACUCAGAUACAACAUCCUUUGGCGUCUUCCGCACGAUUGUCCGACAAGACGGCGUCCGAGGCUUAUAUCGAGGUCUGUGGCCAAAUCUGCUCAAGGUAGCGCCAUCGAUCGGAGUCAGCUUCUGGACGUAUGAAACAGUCCGAAGCUGGCUCGAGCCGCACCAUCAUCACGCUACUGGGCAUCAUUGA